AUGGCUGGAGUCGACUUCCCUAUGUUUAUGGAACGUCUUCUCGUAUCUGUGGUAGUAAUGAUCUCUAGAGCUAUGUGUAAUAGUUGUACUACGCAGCAUUUAGUGGCAACACAGGAAGCAACGAAUUUAUAUUCGCCUUCCUAUGGAUCCUACCCGAAUAAUAUGGAUUGUACAUGGAAAAUAAGUUCAGCAUUACACGACGGUAAUAUUCAGAUCGAUAUCGAGCAUAUGUCACUACAAACAGACAAUGGGGGCUGUGUUGAUUAUCUACAAAUAUUUGACGGUGAUAAUAUCGACAGCAAAUCGCUGGGAAGGCUUUGUAAAUCGACGCAGACUUUCGUAAGCAGUAGCAAUUACGUUUAUCUACGUUUUUAUACAGACUCGUCUGAGACAGAUGUUGGAUUUAAACUGAAAUACUACCAGCUGGAGGAAGAGGACAAUAGCUGGAAAACAGUGCUAUCGAUCGUUAUUGUCGUCACUGUAAUAGCAAUGAUGCUGAGCUGUUGUUAUAAAAGAUUUCAUAAACGUCUUCGAAACCAUCAUCGAUCGGUAGUGGAUCCGGAUAGUGAGACAACGGGACACUCGGGUACCGAAAGGAGUCAAUCCUGUGUGUGGGCAACCAGCAGUGGACAAAGAGAGAGGAACAAUGAAUUCACUAGCUCUGAAAAUAUGCAUCCAUCGGAACCCGUUAAACCCCCAGCCUAUUCCGAAAUAGAUACAAAUUCUGGUAAAUUACCAUCAUAUGAUGAAUUAAUUAACGACGAGGAACCUGUAUGCGAGCGGACUCCCCCGCCGUUAUAUACUGAGGGAAGUCAAACUGAUCGACUGUUUAGUCAAUCGGCAGGGUAUUCCUAUACGUAUUCAGUGACAUCAAGCUCUACAUCUUCUUUAUCAUCUGUAUCGACAGUCUCAAUAGAAUCAUCUGAAUCAUUUAUUAACCAGCCGUCGCAAUCACCAGCUUCAUAUUUACCCACUUAUGAAUCAGUGGUGGCUAACCGUACUACGUGA